GGGCGAUCAACUGUCGCGAGUAUCCUUGUCUUUCGGCUGGGAACCCUGCGCCACUGCACACAAAGAAGGACCCCACCAGGAGCCUGUUCCAUCCUGACGCCGACAAUGCUAAAAUGGGAUUUACUACUAGCGCCCGCAAAACCUGCGCAGCCAAGAACUUGCUCAUCUUUCAACCUUGAAGCGCGACUUCAGUUCCACGGGAACUUCAAGAUGUCGAUGGAUCGCGCCAAAAGCCGAAAGGCGCCGUGUCUGACAGGACUACUUGUAGCGGUGGAGACCGCGGGAUCGACUUGCAAACACCUUCCAAGUUGAACUGAACUGAGGACCUCGUUCGCACGCUUCCUCUCCUCCUCGCCGUCAUACGCCACUCAUUGCCGGGUUUCACUUCGACGCUAUACACCUCCCAUAACAUGCUCAGGAACCCAACACAAGACUAGGAAACCUUGGCUCGACUCCCCGGCUCUAUCGUCGAGAAUUUAUACAAAGACGCCAAACAACCCUCUCCGCCCUUUGUCUGUGGGAUCUUCAUAAACCACCACGUCAAAAUUAAAGACCACAAGUCACUCUGUCUGCAACAAUCUUGACGAAAUGGACAUGUCGAAUUCUCAUUCAAGCUCGAGCUCGGACUCGAUGUCCAUGUCGAUGGCCAUGGUCUUCACCAACUCACACUCUACGCCUCUAUUUUCCAACGCCUGGACGCCCACUUCUGAAGGCGGUUAUGCUGGCACUUGCAUAUUCCUCCUCCUUCUUGCGGUGACUUUGCGACUCCUCUUCGCCGCCAAAGCAUUAUGUGAGCAGAGGUGGUCCGCCGCCGCACGAAACCGGCGGUUUGUUCUGGUGAAGGGCAGAUCGACCGAGGCUGGCAGAAUCGAUGAGGAUCCUGAUGCAAAAACCGCUUCUUUACUCACGGCCCAAGGAGUUGAGGAGAACGUGAAGGUGGUUCAGGCGAGAACGGGCGGGACUCUUCCCUUUCGAUUAUCCAUCGACAUCCCUCGAGCUGUUCUAAUGACCAUCAUCGCCGGUGUUUCAUAUCUACUGAUGCUGGGAGUCAUGACCAUGAACGUCGGCUACUUCCUCUCGGUGUUGGCAGGCACUUUUGUGGGCGAGCUAUUGGCGGGCAGAUAUGCCCAGGUUGACGAGCAUUUACAUUGAUGCAUUGCUAGAGUUGGAGCGUUCAGGAUACCCUUCAUACGACGAUAGAGGCGUUCGGCGAGUCCGUCGGAGCCGUCUUAUAAUGAAGUCACUGCUAUCUACGAGUUUCUUACAAGUAUUAUUAUGUUCUCGUUGCACAGGUCCUCGUAGCCUCGCACUACUAGU